AUGGACGCGCCCGCUCGGCCGCCCGCCGGCCCCCGAACCGGCCCCGAGGGCGCGGCGGCGGAACGGGGCCCGAGCCCGGAGGCGGCCAUCGAGGAGGAGAAAGCGGCGUACGUGGAGAUCCGUGGCUCGCCGCAGGGGCCGGAGGAGAGCCGCCAGCCCUCCGAGCUGGCCCCGGCUAGCGGCGCGGAGCAAACGGCCGGUCCCGCACCGGAGAGCGGAGCCGGCGGGACCGGGGAUGUUGGCGGCUCAGAGAGCGGCGGGCCGCCGGGCGAGACCGCGGGAUCAGCAUCCUCGGACGGCGGGCGGGAUCGCCCGCCCUCCCCGGGCGCGGCGGCGGGAUGCGGCGCUGGCUCUGGCCCCGGCUCCCGGGGGGCAGCGGGGAGCGGCGAGCCACCGGAGCCGGGGGGCUGCCCAGAGUCCUCUUCCUCCUCCUGCCCUUCGCCGGUGAGCAAGGCGGGCGCCUUUCCCGCAAUGGGCGACCCGGUAUCGACAGAGGGCAAAACUUCCUCAUCCUCCUUCGGCUACGAAAGUGAGGAGGACGAGGACGCGAGGCGCAAGGCGGCCCCCCCCGGUGCCCCCACGGGCAUCCUCCCCGGCGGCGGCCGCGACGAGGCGCACUAUAUCAGCACGCAGGAGAUCCAGUUGAGCGAGGUGGACCACGACAUGGACUUUGACGCCGGGCUGGCCGCCCGCUGGGACUUCGAGGAUAACAACGUGAUCUAUUCCUUCGUGGACUACGCCUCUUUCGGGAGCGACGAGACCCUGGGGGACACGCCGACGGAGGAGGAGGAGGAGAAUAGCUGCUACCUCAGCACUACCACCAGCGACCCGAACAACCAGACGGACAGCAUCGACAACACCAGCAGCACCGAGAUCGUCAGCGUUACCUCCGAACACGACACCCCCGGCGGGGACAAGCGCGCCAGCUCGGGAGAAAGCCGGUCCAAGCAGCCCGGCCGCCCCGGCGGGAGCCCGGCCGCCCAGCUUCUCCUAUCAAUCAAAGCCUCUUCCCGGGCUAUAAAUGAGUCUAGCAACGUGCGCGGAAAGCAAAACACUAUUUACCCUGCCAAGCAUGAAGGCGACAUGAGCCUCCGUGCACCCGCGGCUCCUGAACGCAAUGAGAGUUUAAAACCGGACGCGGUCCGCGACCACGCGAAAAAAUUCAUCGCGGUCCCCGCGCGGCUGCAGACGCGGUGCGGGGCCGCCAGGGCGGGGGAGCACUCGAGCGGCGCCUCCAGCGCCGUCAGCGAGCUGGACGAUGCCGACAAAGAAGUGCGAAACCUGACGGCCAGGGCUUUCCGCAGCCUGGCGUACCCCUAUUUCGACACACUGCACCCCGGCUCCCGCGCCUCCUCCGCCUCCCUGCCCGACAAUGCCCUGGGCAUCAACCGCUGGUCCACCUACCUGGACCUUAAGUGCGGCAGCCUGGGGCCGAGAGCAGAGCCCAGCCUGCUGCGCUCCGGCCGGUCGCAGAGCAAAGCCCUCGAGUUCGUGGUCAGCAAGCUCGACGGGGAGAUCGCCCACAUCGAGGCGCCGCGGCGGCUGCGGGCAGGCUCCCGGGUGGUGACGCUGCUGGACCUCGGCGAUGCCCCCGAGGCCGGGCAGCCCCCCGAGGCGGGCGGCAAGGAGCCGCCGCCGGCGGAAGGCGCUGGAGGGAGGUCCAGCAAGAUGUCCAAAUUCGCCUCCAGCCUCCUCAAAAAUGUCAUCUCCAAGAAGAUGCAGCUGGAGCACGAGUUCAAGAUGGAGCGGGGCGAGAUCACCGACACCACCUUCACGGGGCUAAGCACCGCCCGGGAGCCGGAGCCCGCCGGCGGCCGGGAGCGGCUGCGGGAGGGCGGCGGUGUGCAGCGGCAGAGCUCCCGGCACUCGGAAGGCGGCUCGGACAGCACCGCGGCCACGGCGGAGGAGGCGGGCGAGGGUGGCCGGUCGCCGGCCUCCAAGGCGUCGACGCCCCGCGAAGGGAGCCGCAGCCUGGACCAAGCGCUGUCGGAGGAGAUGUGCGAGGUGAAGCGCAGCGCCUCAGAGGCUAUCAAGGCCACCUUCCUCCGCAGCCAGAACAGCGCCUUCAGGUCCUGGAAGGAGCGGGAGGCGGAGAGGAAGGAGGAGAGGGCGCCCAUCGGCAAGCUGAAGCUCUCCCCCAGGCACGACUGGCGGGCCAACCUGGGCGAGAUCUCUGCCGGCAAGUCCACCAAGAUGUCCCGCCUGUUUGUCCCCGCCAUCCAACACACUCCUCGGGAAAAGGAGCCGGGCAAGCAGGCGACGAAGUGCUCCGCCGCCGCCUCCUCGUCGUCCUCGCCCCCCACCGCCAAGCCCAAAGCCCCCGAGAUCAAGAUCAGCCUGGGCAGCCUGCAGCAGCCCCGGGACGCCGCCUUCAGCAUCGCCCAGCUGCUGACACCGCAGAUCGCGGCCCGGCCGCCCGAGGAGAGCAGGGGCCAGCAACCCAAGCCGCUCAAAGCCGGCGACGGCCCUGACAAGGUGCCGCAGUUUCUGGUACGCGACGUGAGGGAGGGCAAGCACAGAGCUCAGGGGCCGCUCCACCAGGUGCGGGACGUGCGGAAGCUCAUCAAAAGCUCCUACAGCUGCGACUCGGGAGAUAACAGCAGCGACAAGGGCAGUGUCGCCUCCGACCAGGGCGGCCCCGAGCAGAAGCCGCGGCAGCAGCUCGUCAUCGCCGGCGUUCCCAGGUCCCUCUCCCCCGUGGUCAUCACCUGCCAGGCGGUCGGCCAAGCCAGCACCAAGCCUAUCGAGGCGGGGGCCAAGGCGGCGGGCAGGGCACCGGCCUGCCCCCCGGAGGGCACCGUCCUGGUGCACCGCACCUCGGGCAGGCUGCCAGUGGCCACCAUCGCCCCCAACAAGAGUGACCCGCGCCAGCCCGCCGUGCUGAAGAUAGUUUCCAAAUCCGCCGCGCCCUGGCGGCACCAGCCCCCGCCGCCGCCCGCCGAGAGGGGCCGGGGGCCCGAGGAGGACCCGCGGGAGGAGGGCAAGGCGGCGCCCGUGCAAAACGCGCUGGAGAAGCUGACGGCGGCGGUGCGGAGCAUGGAGGAGCUGUACAGCUUCAACAAGCGCGAGUGGAAGCGCAAGAGCGACCCGCUGCCCAUCACCGACAGCCACGUCCUCUCCCUCAUCGCCAGCCAGGAGCGGGGCGUCGGGCCCCGGCCGACCCUGCCCGCCACCGCCGCCGCUCCACCCCCGCCGCCGCCUGCGGAUAAGGCGGAGGAGCCGUCGGGCAAGGGGCCAAGCAACGAGAGGCUGCCCCGUCGCCCCUCGAACAACGCCGCCGAUAAGGUCUCGGCCAAGGCGGCCGCCUUCGAGAGCCUAGCCCGGCAGCGGCAGCGCGGCCCGCCCCCCCGCACCGAGCCCGCCGCUGCCCCCCGCGCCCUCCUCACUCUCCGAGGAGCCGGAGGAGCCGGAGCUGGAGCCUCCGCGCCGGCCAAGGCCGCCUCCGAGGGCGGCCUGCGGAGUCAGGCGGCGCCGCGCUCCUCCCGGCUGCCUGCGGGUGGCAGCGAUGCGGAGCGCGGCCCGGACUGCGGGAACUACCUGGCCCUGCCCCUGAAGGCGGCCGCCGAGCCCGGCUCUCCCCCCUCCCCGGUGCCGGCGUCGGGGGCGGCCGGCGGCGUCCGCCCCAGCCAGGUGUCGGCAGCAGCGGCGGCGGCGGCGCUGUGCAGCCUGCAGCCCUUCGGUACUUCCAAGCGUCCCGGCAGCCCCGGACCCCCGCCCGGACCCCAGCCCGCCGAGGAGCCACCCGCCGCUGCCCCGCCGCCCACCGAGGGUCCACCCGCCGCUCUGUACCGCCCGCCGCUGCCCUUCGCCGCCCUGCCCGGCACCGCACCGCCGCUCUUCUGCUUCUCGCCCUCCGUGUCCGCCACGGCCACAGCGGCCGAGCCCUUCCCGCAGACGCAGCGCAAGGUGCUGCUGGACGUGAGCACUGGGCAGUACUACCUGGUGGACACGCCGGUGCAGCAGCCCCUUAAGCGGCGCCUCUUCGACCCUGAGACCGGACAGUACGUGGAGGUGCCGGUGCCCCAGCAGCAAGCCAUUGCCUCUGUCCCACUGCCUCUCUCACCCCUGGCCCUCAACGCUGGAGCUUAUGGCACCACGUACAUGCUCUAUCCCGGCCUCCUGCCCGCUGCUGCCAUGCUGCCUGCCAGUGCCCUGCCACGGCCGCUGUCCCACCCGGGGAGCGAUGCCAGUGCCCCAGCUGAGCCCAGCAGCCCCGCAGCAGCAGAGGCGGCCUUCACCGAGAGCCCCUACUACGUGGCCACUGGCAAGGGCCCACCGCCACCGGGACGUGGGGCAGCCGAGGCGAAGCCGGUCAUCAGCAUCACGGCGCCAGCCACUGGCCCACGGAUCGUCGCGCCGCCCUCCUUCGAUGGCACCACCAUGCGCUUCGUGGUAGAGCACCGGUGAAGAGCGUGGGGGUACAGAAGAAGAAUCGCACUGUAAUCUGAAAUACACUCGGUAACUCUAAACAUUCAUCCUAAAAACUGCUUCUACAGCUUUUUUUCGUUUCUUUUUGCUUCAUCCUACAAAACAAGUGUGUAAGUUUCUCGUUUUCUCCUGCGCACCCCCCAGUUUUGGAGCACGCACACUCCUCACCGUGCCAGCCACGCUGAACCACUGCUGUAUUUUCUGCCAAGCUGGUUUUGUGUUGAAGCUUUGGGUGACGGUGGCUGCGGUCUGUAAAAUCGCAGGAAAGGAGGGUCUUCCCCAUCAGUUUCGGUGCCAAUUUUGCGGUCAGGUGUCUAUUUUGUACGAGAUCUGUCGCGCCAGGGUUAUCUUCGGUGUUUAAUUCUUGGCGUGGUUCAAAACAGAUCGUGUACAUGUUGGGAAGCGCAUUCGAUUGCUUUCAUUUUCCGUUUGCUUCUCUGUACUGUGUUGAACAUCACAAGUUGCCUUAACUAUGGCCGUGUUUAAAUACCGAAAGGCCAGAAAUUGAAUGUAAUAUUUUAAGAUCCUGGUUCUAAAGGAGAGGACAGCGUUUAUUUUUCUUUGAGAUGGCAGACUGUUCUUCCUUAAAGUGCAAACAUUGCUCAAAACAUACUCUUAGUGAUUCCCAUGUGAGAGGAGUUUUUCAAUGUUACAGCCCCAAUUACAUAUAGUAAUUUCUGUAGUCUGUUGUUUGGCAGGUUUAUCUGAGGGCAACAUCUGUAUUUUCUAAGAAAAUAUUUCUCUUUUGAACAAGAAAAUAUAAUAUUAUUCAAAAUGCCGUGAUAUAUACAUCCAACUCUACUUAAACUGAUUCUUUUGUUGCCAGCAACCGGUUUGUCUCAGCAAAAUAAAAUUGUUAUCAUGACAGUAAAACUAAACUACAAUCGUUUAUUCCCUGCCCAAAAUUUCAGCUCAGUGUGGAACUUUGGGCAGCUAAUAAAUGUAAGAUCAAGCCUAAAUUAUUUAGCAUAAAACUUUAAAUGCAAAACUCCAAAGUCUGUACUUAACCAUUUGCUUGCAAGCAGGAUUUUCCCCUGUCUGUUCUCAAGGUUUCUAGCUGCUAAGGAAGUUUCGGGGCUUUCCAUUCAUAAAGAAAGCCCCAAGUCUUCAUUUCCAUUAGUAACUCCCAAGAUAAAGAAACCUCAGCUGCAACUGUCUUGAACCAUACAUGUGACGUUGUGUUUCAGCGCAAUUUAUGUGUUUUACAGGCACAAAUUGACAUUGUUCUCAGGAUGAAAUGUGCUGCAGGUGUACAGAUAGCGAGGGAUUUAUGUCUUCUCAUUUAUCUUCAUCAUUGUGGAAAAACAAUGGAAAAAUGCUAUUCUAACCCUUUUAAAAGAGCUCGGCUCGCCCAGCUAGAGCAUAUAGCAUGUAAAAUCAAUGCUCUUCGGUUGCACAGUCUACACUUACAAGCUUUAUGUUCUUACCAGGAUUCAGGCUGAAUGCCUCUUAAAGAAAACUAAUGCUUCUUCACCAUUUUCAUGAUUGAUGAGUCUGUAGACAUCACGACUAGAGUAUCAGCGUUAAACAAGACGCUGUUUUGGACUGCAGGACAGUGCAGGUACCAGAGUAGCUCAUCCCUGUGACAUACGCAUGUAUGAUACAUACAGUAUAAUACUAGCAUCCACGAUUAACAAUGUUCCUGUCCUACCUUCUCCUAUAUCGGUGCUCGGAGCGCAGUUUCACGUUGCAGUUUACAAGAUAUAGGUUUGCACACACAAACUCAGGGUUUACAGUUUCACCCGCUGUACUUGAAAGGGAAAAAAAAACGCGUAGGAAACAAGUGCCCAAUGUUUCAACAUUUAUUUUUUGGAGGAAAAAAUUGCAGGGUUUUUAUUUAAACUGCCUGUGGAGAUGAAAGCAAUGAAGCGAGGCAAUACCAACAGCUCUUUAUUUGCUCAGGGGAGAUUUCUUGAACGUGUCCCUUCUCAUGUCAAACAGUGGUUGCUUCAUUUUGUCUAUUACUAACGAGCCCCCGUGUUCGCAUCAAGGGGUCGGUUUCAGAGCUUCACUUCACAGACCCAGCCCAGCAAAGCCCUUGUGUGCAUCUCUAACUGCAAAUACCGGAGGGGGUGCAGUUUCUUUUGCUUUGUUUGGGGUUUUUCUCUUUUUUCUUUUUUCUCCUUUUUGUCUCUCCUUCCUUCCUUCCUGUCUGCCUGCCUUCCUUCUUGCCUUCCUGCCUUCCUUCCUUCCUCCCUCCUUCCUUCCUUCCCUCCCUCCUUCCUUCCCUCCCUCCUUCCUUCCCUCCCUCCUUCCUUCCCUCCCUCCUUCCUUCCCUCCCUCCUUCCUUCCCUCCUUCCUUCCCUCCCUCCUUCCUUCCCUCCCUCCUUCCUUCCCUCCUUCCUUCCUUCCUUCCCUCCUUCCUUCCCUCCCUCCUUCCUUCCCUCCCUCCUUCCUUCCCUCCCUCCUUCCUUCCCUCCCUCCUUCCUUCCCUCCCUCCUUCCUUCCCUCCCUACUUCCUUCCCUCUCUCCUUCCUUCCCUCCCUCCUUCCUUCCCUCCCUCCUUCCUUCCCUCCCUCCUUCCUUCCCUCCCUCCUUCCUUCCCUCCCUCCUUCCUUCCCUCCCUCCUUCCUUCCCUCCCUCCUUCCUUCCCUCCUUCCUUCCUUCCCUCCUUCCUUCCUUCCCUCCUUCCUUCCUUCCCUCCUUCCUUCCUUCCCUCCUUCCUUCCCUCCUUCCUUCCUUCCCUCCUUCCUUCCCUCCUUCCUUCCCUUCUUUCCUUCCCUCCUUCUUUUCCUUCCCUCCCUCCUUCCUCUCCCUCCUUCCUCUCCCUCCUUCCUCUCCUUCCUCUCCCUCCUUCCUUCCUUCCUUCCUCCUUUUCUCUUUUUCUUUAUUUUCUUCUUUUUUUUUCUUCUUUUCUUUCACCCAUCAACACAAGGUUUUGCUGAACUUGGCCCAGAGCGCUGCCUGCCUUGCAGACAUGAGUCCCGAGUUCUUCACUUUAUAUAUAUAUAUAUAUAUACAUAUACAUAUAUAUAUAUAUAUACACAUAACCCAGAGCUCAGGGCUCAAGCCUAGCUGGACCCAGCAGACAGCACCACAAAAGGUCUCCAGAAAAAACCCCAGUUAUAUGGUGCUCCUCCAUGUAUACCCAGCGGUGAAUUUCUCCAGCUGACGGGGUGAUGUGUAACCACGUAUCUUGGAUCAGAGUCAAGCCCUCCGUAUCGGGGUGCACAAGCUGCUAGUAUUAUAUGUUUCGCUAUAGGGCACAAGCCUACGCAGCACUCGAGUUCCCUCCCAGCCCUGCCAUUGGGUUUUGGGGUCUGCAGCAGCCAGCCCGUGCAUUUGAGGUCAGGAUGCACUUAGAAGUGUGAACAGGACCGGAGUGAUGCACAAACGUCAUCCUGGGCUUUCGCAGCAGGGUCGGUUUCGCUUAGUUAAAUUUAAUCUUUGGUUGAUUCACUUGAUGAAUGAUUUAAAAUGUAUUUAUGGGUUGUGUGGUGGUUUGUUGUUUCUUUUUUUCUUGUCUGCAUUCAAAGCUGCCUUUACUCUCUAGUGUUGAUGGCCAAAGUGUCAUUCCUUAUGCUUAUAAACUACGAUUAACUUGUGGCUACCUGAACACAUACACUACUUUGAAAAGGCUUGUGUUUUUUUCCCCUUUUUCUGGUUGUUUUUUUCUCCUUUCUUUUUUCUCCCUUUUUUAAAGGGACGGCUUAUCAGUGUAAAGAUAUUUAAAACUGCAAAUGUGAAGUAAGAAUAAUGAUUGUUAAGAGGAUGUGGGUGGUGUGUCUGAUGAGAGAGCGGUGGGCUAUGAGGCAAAAGGGAAAAUGCCGCGAAUGCAUUGUGGCGAUGACUGUGGUGGGGGGGGGAAACUAAUUAAAAAGACAUAUAACUGGAGAAAAAUGAACUCUUGGAGCUGCUCUCAAUGUAGACGACGCUGUGGCAAGCGCGGAGCCGAGGCCCAAGGUGACCCCGCUGCGGGAUGCGGGGACGUGGAAGGGCAGCACUGGAAUUGCACUAGCAGCGUGUUGCACGUCGGGAACGCUCCGGCGCGUCACGGCCACACGGGAACGGACUGUCCGACACCGCUGAGUACCAAAGUUCGUAGCUGAAUAAGUUAGCAUUUGUAUUACGUUGAGUUUUCUUCGUUUUGUUGGGGUUUUUUCUUUUGAAUGUUAUGAUAAAUAAAAUAUGUAUUUUUCAGUAAAAGACACACUGCAAGUUA